AUGUUCCUCUGCCCCUUCCGGAACACGACCGCAUGCACGAGGCGCACUACUGUGAGGGCUUCACAAAAGCUGUUGCGAGGCCGCCGAUGGCACACCGCCGCCAGUCGAGAUAGCGAUGGACAUACCCCGGACCUCUCCCAUCUCAAUCCCGCGCCUUCCGACUACUCGCGAUUCAUUUUCCAGGACAAAUGCAUCACGACGGUGGUAGCCGGAUCCGGAGGCAACGGGUGUGUAUCCUUUCUUCGGGAGAAGUAUAUCGAAGAAGGGCCGCCUAAUGGUGGUGACGGCGGCAGCGGUGGAAGCAUAUAUAUUCAAGCCAUCGACGGCCUGACAAGCUUGCAUAAGCUGGCGCGACAAGGCGUCAUUCGCGCUGGUCGGGGAAAGAAUGGACAAGGCAAGAGCAAAGGCGGGAAAAGAGGCCACGAUAUUCUGAUCCAAGUGCCCGUGGGGACAGUGGUGCGCGAAGUGUCCCGAUACGAUCCCGUAGAGGAAGAAGAACUCAAAUACAAGACGCUGAAAGGCACUUUACCGAGGGAGGAGCAAGCAAUGGGAAUGUUUUCAGAACAACGAGACCGUUUUGUGCUGUAUCCCGGCUCCCUUCCAUCCGAUUUCCUCACCACCAAUUUCCCGAAACUUGAACCUCCGCGACGGUCAAACCUGGCUGCAUUGGAGCCAUCGGCCCCUAUCCAUUUAGACUUGUCACAACCGAUGGACCAACCCAAGCUGCUGGCCGCUGGGGCGGUUGGAGGAUUUGGCAACCCCCACUUUGUGUCGCGCAAUAUGGGACGUCCUAGAUUUGCCACCAAGGGGGAAGGGGGCAUGUCACUGCAACUGGAAUUCGAGCUCAAGCUUUUGGCCGACGUCGGAUUGGUUGGGUUCCCCAAUGCUGGAAAAAGCACCCUCCUUCGUUCCUUGACGAACAGCCGGACGCGGAUCGGGAACUGGGAGUUUACCACCCUAGAGCCGAACAUUGGCACCGUAGUCCUGGACGACUUCAAAGGCAGGCCACUCGUGGAAUCAUCAAAUAAAAAAUCGCCUCGCACCAAUUUCACGAUAGCAGACAUUCCCGGUCUCGUCGAGGAUGCGCAUUUGGAUCGGGGUCUUGGUCUGGGCUUCCUCCGCCACAUCGAGCGCGCUGGCAUUCUCGGCUUCGUCGUGGACCUUAGCUCAGCGAGCCCCAUAAAAACACUCCAGAAACUGUGGCAUGAGCUGGGAGAAUACGACCGAAUGCGCAACGCGGCAUCAGACUCAACACCCACCGAAGGCCAGUUUAUGCCCUGGGGGGACCCUCUUCCGCCAUUGGCAUUGCCGCCCAUCUAUAGAAAGCCGUGGUUUGUCGUAGCCACCAAGGCUGAUUUACCGGAGACGCAGGACAAUUUCCUUGCUCUGCGAGACUACCUGGCCCAGGUUCAGCAGGGAGCCGUCGAGCAUCCCAGCGGACAUAAAGAUGCGUUCAAGGAGCGUCUUGUGGCAGUUCCAAUGUAA